AAACCGUCGAAGUGUCCAAUUUCCAGGAGAUAAUGCCCAGAACGUCCAGAGCGAUCGAGUACGACUUUGUGAGGAUGUUUUGAGUUUUACACCAGUUUGAAACUGAAGCCCAUGACUUCAUCAGAACUCAGUCAACUCCAAGCCCAGAAUCGGGCUUUGUCUGAAGAACUUUCACAGUGUCAGGCUGACAAGGAGUUUGUUUGGUCUCUGUGGAAGAGACUACAGGUUGCCAACCCAGAUGUGACACAGGCAAUCAGUUUAGUUGUCCAAAGGGAGAAAGAGAAAGCAGAGUUGAAGGAUCGGAAAGUUCUAGAGAUCUUACAAAUUAAGGAUGACCGCAUCGCAGAAUUGGAAAGGCUGUUGUCUCAACAGCAAGAUGAACUCAAAGGCUUUGUUUCAAGGAAAAUUGAAGUGGAUGAUGAAAAGAAGAAAUUCCAAAAAGAAAACCAGCUGCUGAAGGAGAAACAACUGCAGCUAGAACAGCUGCUCCAGUCCAAAGAUGUUCGGCUAAAAAAUACUGAAGUGAUCAACAAAGAAACCCUGGAGAAACUCCAAAAUGAAAAGAAAGAGUGUGAGAGACAGAUCACCAGCGUAACCAUUGAGCUUGAGAAGGAAAAGCAGUCCACAAUCCGGCUACAGGCCACCAACUUGGACUUCCAAAAUAAAAUAAAGGACCUUGAGAAGGAUAUUGAAGCAAUCACACAGACUGCCCAGAAGGCAGCUCGUGAGGAAGAUGGACACUUGCAGAAAAUGAAGGAGUUGGAGGGGACGGUGCGUCGGCUUCAAGAGGAGCUGAGGAAAAAGAGAAGUGAGCUUGUUGAACAGCAAAAGGAAUCCAGCAAACUGAGGAAGGAGAUAUCUGAUAUACAGACCACCAACAGCAAGGCCAUGGAGCAUGCAAACCAACAGGCAGAUGUCAUACAACAGCUACAAACAUUGCAAUUUGACACACAGAAAGUUUUAAAGAACCAAGAAGAUGCACACAAGAUCGAAGUUUCUUCUUUUCAAAUGACGUACCAAGAGCUACAGUCUCGCUACAAAGCAUCCAGAACAUCAGAGCAACAGCUGAGACAGCGACUGUCGGAGGCAGAAAGACAGUUGUCACAGCGGAAGGCAACAAAGGACAUUGGGAUCCAGGUCAAUCUGGUGGUUGAUGGAAGGGUGUGGGAAAGAAGUGAUGAAGAGAGGGAAGCACAGAUGCAGAGAAGGAGCUUUCAGAGACAUCAGUGGGAAAGGGAUGAUCUUGAUGACAGAUAUAGAGCUGUGUCGUCAACACCCAUCAAGGGUUCAUUGAGACGAUCUCGGUCUCUCUCCCCUCGUAGACCUUACAGCUACCAGCCAGACCCUACCAUGAGAGAUGAGGCUGAGGAGAUUGCAUUCAGAGACUUCAAACCUGGAGAAGAACACAUCGCAGACAGGAGAAUUGCCGAUCUCAGGAAACUGCUAAAAUUGAAGAAUAGUGAGUUGGAUGAGAUGCGGAGUGCCCACACAAGACGAUUAGAGAGACUGAAAGCUCUUCAAGCCAGCUACAAUGUCCUGAAGGAACAGAUCAAGACAUAUGAUGCUGAAGAAAGGGAUCCUCCCAAGAAGAAGAAAGGGCGUCGUUCAGAGCAACGCAAGCUUCAGAAGGAAGAUUCAGAUGCUGUGUGGAAUGAACUAGCUUACUUCAAACAGCAGACAGUCAACGUCUUGCAAGAACGAAUGAACCUCCACGAGGAGCUGGAUUGCUUGCGAGUCCAAACAGCAUCUGAUGCCACCACCAUCAAGGAAUUGACAGCAUGUCUAGAGAAAGAACGACAAGAGUUGGAGGGGCAGUUAAGCCAGCUGCAAGAGGCAAACAGACGUGAGAAGACAGAGCGAGACCAGGCCUUGGAGCUCAGAGACAAGGUCAACGAGUUGCAGAGAUUGUUGCAGAGACUGGAGAGAGAGAAGGAUGGAUUGACGAGGGACAAGAGCCGACUUGAGACCGAGAAUAGGUCCUUAAGAAUGGGUGUAUCCAAGCAACGAGCCGUUGAAGCCCAGAAAGAAUCCAAGAUGCUAGAACUCAGAGGAACUAUCAACCAUCUCAAGAAGAAGCUGAAGCACCUCAAGCAGAGGCAGAGGCACACGGUGGGAGGGAUGUCAUUCAGAAGGAGUAAGAUGACCAAGGAGCACCAGGCUCUUCUGAAUCGAUCAAUACAAGAAAUGAGCUCCAUUUUCCCUGGGUUUGGCAGUGACGACUGGGACGAAAUGAAUAACUCCGACAGUCCGAAGGAAAGUACCUCCCUUGAAAGUUUGGGCCAGCAGAUCGUGGAGACAUCUCGCUCUGCGGAUAUGUUCCACACACCAAGACGAAGACGUAGGGGCUCUGACAAAUUAUCACCAUCUGCAAGACAGCUCUUGUCUAUUCAGAAACACCUGCGUCGGAUGGCCCAGGCAUAUGAAGACAACCCCGUCAGAGACGUCAUUCUGAAGUCAGUAGCGACACAAACAGAGAGAGUUCUCCAAGCUAGUAUGAUUGAUGCUGGCGUUGGUGAAUACCUCAUAAAUGAUGAUGUUAUAAGCAGCGUGACACCUAACUCCACAGCUAGUUGUAGCACCAUGACGGAUAAUACUCUCACAGAGCAAUCAGACACUGAGCUGAGAGAUGUUGGUACCUCGCCUCAUGUUCCCCUGACCAGAUUGGCUCGCAACAUCAGUCGGAGGUCACAAGGGGCAGGCGCCAGUGGGCCUUCCCUUGCCAGCCUCAAGCAAAGAGUUACCUCACUACAACAACAGGUGUCCUUGCUGAAGGAAUCUAAGACGUCCUUACAGCGGACUGUGACUGAACAGGAAGAGUUGACAGAGCAGCUACAGUCAGAUCUUAACCUGGCUAAUCAACGCCUCAAGAUGUCGAGACAAACCGUCCAGAGGUUAACCUCUGAGCUGGAAGAGAGCAACCAGCGAAGGGCACUGUUUGAGAAACAGCUUGAGGAAGGAGAGACAGAAUUCAAGAAACAGGCCGAGACGGAACGCAAACAGAUGGAAACCAGACUCAAGGCUCAGUCAGGUGAGGUGUCUCGUCAAGCUACUAUCAUAAAAUCCCUCAAGGCAGAUUUGGAGGCAAGAGAUGUAACCGUGAAAGCUCUCCAAGAAAAGGUCAGUAGACAAGAUAGAGACAUCAGUCAGAAAAGGUCACUGAUAGAUGAUCUGAAAGCUCGAGCCAGAUCCAUUGACAGCGAUAACAAAGUAGCAACAAGGGCGACGGAAAUACUGGAGGACAGAAUCACAGCUUUGACUGAGACAAACGAGAAGAGGAGAGUGGAGAUUGACUCUAUCAGGAAACAGCUGUCCACUGUCAGCAAGGAGAAGCGACACUAUGAACAGCUGUACAUGAAAUGCAAGACAGAGCUGGACAGGAAGGUAAAGUCCUUACAAGAUGCUCACGUCAAGCUAGCUGAGGCAGAGACCAUCUCCACUGAGCUAGAGGUGACUGCUGGACAGCAACUGAAGCAGCUUGCGAGGCAGACGGAGGUGGCCUUGGAAGCAGCCAAGAGCAAGCUCAAGAAGACUCAGGCACAGAACGCUGAACUCCAAGACUUCGUCAAGGUUUGUCACCAACAGCCCUGGCCUCAUAGAGAGUGUGUGACAUCCCUCCACAUCAAAGUGCAGAGGCCAAGACAUGUUCUGGGGUUGUUAAGGUGAUUUCAUGAUUCAUAAAGUCUGUCAAUCGGCAAGUGGAAUGGUCCAUGACUGUGGAAAUAAAGUUUGCAUACCUCAAGUUCCCAUGGGUAUGUUAGCCUUCAAAUUUGGAGUGUCCCUUUUGUGACACCUAAACCUGGAAAAUGUAUAUUUGUUUGAACAUGUUUGCUGUGAAAAAAUGCCAGUGUGUAAACUUUUUGAUAGUUACGUACUGUGGCAUGUGCAGUUGAUAUUUGGUUGCUGAAAAGUUAAUGCAUUGCGAUGUUGACAUGACUUCCAUGUUGUCAGUUUUGAAGGAAAAAAAAUCACCAUUUAGAGACAAACAGAGCACACGGUUCAAAACAUCAAGACCUUACUAAUUGCUGGGCCCCUCUCACAGCUAACACUUUUCCUGAACACAUUGGGUAGACCUUGCCAGGUUUACUGGUGCACAGUUUCUUUUCUCGGUAAAUUCCAAACUGAGUUGUGUGCCCCUGUAGCAUUUUCGGUCACCACAAAGAUGGUGAAAAGACAGUGUACUGAUAUGUCCCAGUAGAGUAUGACAUCGUGUGCCCAUUGUGUACUCGUGAUACUGUUGGCCAGCUUUGUCAAAAACAAGAUUCUAAUAAACUUACCGGACAGAUUUGAUUCUCUUUUGCAAUUGUUAAAAUGGAUACUUUUCACUUAGAGUACUGCGCUAAUAAUUGUUGGGCAUUCCAAAAACAAAUCAUAGAAUUUAAAAUAGAAUCAGACCAAUGGAAUGUCGGCGAUGAGAAAACACCAUUUAGUGGUAAAAAGACAAAUAUGUUAGUUUAAAUAUUUGUACAUGGGUUUUUUGUUUAUUUUUAUGCAAAAGGAAUUUUAUGAAACAGUUUCAAGAAUCGAGAUUAGUAAAAGAAAUCGUGCUGUUUUCCUGGAUUUUAACAUAUUUUGUUUCAUUGAAAAAGUGCUGUACACUCACUUCAAUAGAUCAGAUGUUUGAUACACUUUUAUUGCAAGUUUUAUCUUAAAAACAGAAUGAAGAAUUAUCCAGGAGAGAGUGGUUUUACAUUUCAUGCACAAGGUCUGCAGGAAAAUUAGUUGGAACUGAAACUUUCUGCUGGUAGCAACAUUUGACAUCGCAGUCUGGUCAAUGUAAAUGGUUCAUAGUCCCCAAUUAAUGACAGUGUGGGGGACCUUUAACAAAUUCUAUGCAUAUCUGCACGUAGUUCAUGUUCCAGAUGUAUCCGAGUGAGACACGAACCCCGCUCCUCUGCAAAUAAAUAAUGAAUAUUACAUCGGCUUUUUUCACCCUCCCAACAUUAUUUGUUUACUUUGGGACAGUUUUGUUGUGAGUUUUAUCUUUAUUAAGUUUAUUAUACUAGACGUCCCUCUCGUGAAUAUUGUUUUGUUGAAAGAGUGAUACGUAGGCCUACAUACAUGUAGGUCUGAGUUUGUUAGAGUGGAUGACAUCUCUACAGGUAUCAUUGUUUAAUCUCUGCAGUUUGAAAGGUUUUAUCAAUUGAAUUUUACAGAUUUCCUUGAAAAGAGAGUCUUUUUAACCAAGUGGAAUCCUCAAGAAUGGAUAUUUAAAUAGAUAUUAUUUUGAUGAUUUGCUACUGAUGUAAAUCAUUCAGGGUAUGGGGUUCUAUUGGAGAGAUCAUUCAAGUUGGAUUGAGUGCUGUGUUAUCUUUCCAAUCAAACACUUUUGCAUGCAUAGGAUUGAGAAGACUCUGUUAAACUACACGGAAUGAUUGGAAAAUACAAAGUCCAGCUCUAUAAAUGUUCUUAGUGUAAGUGUCAUAAUAUUGAAAGAUUUUUCUAUUUGGUCACAACAUGGUGAAAAGUCUUGUUGGUUUGUUGGUAAUAUUUGAAGAUUGAUUGUACUAGUAUUUCUUUUCUUAGAAUUUUUUAGAUUUUCUGUCACCGC